ACAUCUUUAGCUUCAAUGAGUCAUAUUAUUUUGAAGUAGAAACAACCUUGUAAGCUGUUUGGAUUUUGAGUAGCUGGAAUCCACCAACCAAUACAUGGCCCACUCAUCCACACUGGAAGGAACCUUGGAAUAAAGGGAACAGAGAUUUGGGCAAUCAGAGCGGAAAAGGAGUAAAAGGAUCUUUUGCUGAUGGAAUUUUCCAAAAGAUAAGGAGAUAGAUGCAUGAGGUUUAUCUAACCACCAAUGGGAAUUGCUCAAUCUUGCAAUUGCUGAGUUUUUCGGUCCCCUGUUUUCCUCAAUUGUCUUGCAAAUCUGAAAAGGAAAAAUAUACAAAGUGGAGCUUAUGCUUUUGGUUCCCCUGGAUACAAGAAACGAGCUCCUCCUCGGCCACCACGAUCACCUACUACACCAGCACCAUCAGAAGCCGAAAGUCCAACAGGCGCUACCCAGCCCACCACCACCACCACCACACCUGCUCAGAGACCACCCAACUUAGCGUCUCAGACUUUAGUCCAAACAUCCUCACUGCCACCUUCUUCUCCAUCUUUCACAGCCACUCCAGCACAAUCAGCACCAGCAGAUGCAGUCACUCAGAAAAUUUACAACCCAUAACUCAGGGCCCAAUGACCUUUAAACAGUGA